UACUGUAAUCUAGUAUAUAAUAUGAAUCCUACUAAUCUAGAGAUUAAUAAGUCUAGUAUUUUCUAUGAUAUCUGUAAUUUUCUUACUCCCAAAAAUACAGAGUUACUUAUUAUAGGACAGACUAUAUUUCAGGCUGCAGAUAUCCUUAUUAAUUUUACUCGCGGCCAUGGAGAUAAUAAAAAAAAAUUCCAGUACAAGGAUUAUAGAAUAAAACUUAUUAAUAUUGUCGGCUGGAAAUUAUUUUUACCUUACUAA